AUGGCCACCACCGUCGCUCGCCGUGGCUUCUCGACCACUCGCGCCCAGCUCGGCAGCCCAUACCACUACGCGGAGGGCCCUCGCACCAACAUUCCCUUCAACCCUCUGACCAAGCACUUUUUCUGGAGAUACUGGGCCUUCAUGAUUACCGGAUUCGGUGCUCCCUUCGCCAUUGCCGUCUGGCAAACCAUGAAGACCAAAUAA